AUGCUGACCCUGGCCGAGACAGAUGCAGGAGAAGCGGCAUUACCAGGAGGACGAGCAGAUACCCUGGCGGAGACGCCGUUCCAGACCGCGCGUCGCGAAGCAAUGGAAGAGAUCGGGCUGCCCGAGAUCGAUCAGUCGCUGCCGCACCCGUUCGCCGUCGAGCACCUUUGCGAGUUGCCGGCAAAUCUUGCCAAAACGGAGGUGGUGGUGCGUCCCUGCGUCGCGCUGCUUCAUUCGUAUGAUGCGGCCACCGGGGAGAAUGCUGAUCCGGAAGUCUCGUUGAUUCCCAAGUUGGACGCGAGAGAAGUGGCCGCCGUGUUUACGGCGCCCUUUCAUUCCUUCCUGUGUAUGAAACAAGAAGAACAGGAUUCGGAGGACUGGUAUCAAGGAUCGUGGAGUCGAUGGCACAACUCAAAUUGGCGCAUGCAUCAGUUCUUUGUUCGCGCCAAUGACGCCCUGGUCAAGCCUCGCGGAAGCCCCGAGCAGAAUGUCACGAGUGACGAGACGCGACACCGGGUCUUUGGCAUGACGGCACGGAUCGUCGUGGAUGCGGCUCGACUGGCCUAUGCACAGGAGCCGGAAUUCGAGCAUAACAGCCACUGGGGCGACGAGGCCAUGAUCGCCAAUUUGCGGCGUAUGGGUCGGCUCAGCGAGACCCGCAGGCCCUCGGAUGAACUCACCCGUGAAACGAUGGAGAAAGCGGCCAAAUUAAGUUAG